AGACCAACAAUGUAGUUGAUAAUCAUCACAACCCAUCCUGAAUCUCAUACAAGCAAGUUUUAAUUAAGUAAUUCAAAAAAAAAAAAAUGGCUAGUCGACCAUGCUUGUAUGCUUUUCUUCUGCUGUUAGCAUUUCAAUCCACCAUGAUUAAGGUGAAUACUGUUUCUCUUCCACCACCUGAGUGCAGACCAGAAGUGGCUUCCACCAAAGAGAAAUUUGAAUUCUUAUUGAACUUGCUCAUAUUCAAAAUAGAACUUUUCUUACGUUCUUCAAUUGGCCGAGGAAUCAACGAUAUAUCACCAGGUCUAGUCCAAGGUCCUAUUCCCAUCGGAGCUGCCGUUGCUAAUCUCGACAACGCUACCCGUAUGAUUAUUGAGGAAUUUGGUUUAGCUAGUAUCGGUCAUUUAAGGGUCAUCAAAAACACAUCGCUACUAAAUGCUCCAAUUCCAAUGCCACUGUUGGAUAUAAGCCCACAAACUUAUAACACCUUUGUCACCAUGAUUUUGAAUGGCACUAAAAAAUCGAAUCCUUCAUACAAUCCAUACGCCAACACAAACAGCUUUCUGUUCGCAGCUGUUUUUGCUUCUUCUUUUCUAAAACAAUAUUACGCUGGAAUUAUGCCUUCGAUUAUCGGCAAAGAUGAACGAGAGCUGCUGUCUGGAAUUGCGCUCUAUGAGGCUGGAGUAUUUGGAGCUCUUCGAGCAGAACUCAACGCCAGGGUCAAUUUAACUGUGCCGCCAUUUAAUUUCACAGUGGGGAAUCUCACCAACCUUUCUGCACAAUUGGCUAACCGACUUGCGGGGUGCGGUGUGAAAGAUGAAGGUUUGAUUGUGCCACUGCAACUAGGAGCCGAGAAUAGAACCAGUAGUAACAUCGUGCCGGGGAAUGCCAAUUCCCUUGCAUAUGCACGGUCCGCGAGGGAGAUCUUGAGGAUCGUAUUUACAACUGGCAACGCCACCAGGCCCGGUGGAAUUUUUCCACGUGGUUUAAAUGGAGCACUUUAUCGACGGAUCCUUACUCUAAAACUUAGCUGAGAGCUUUGAAGCAUUUGUCAUCACAACAUCCACUACAACAAAUAAGUUUUUAGUCACGGUAUAGUUGUGCAUGUAACAAACUUUACGUGUGGCAAUAAUAAAAUAAGUAAUUGUGGUUGGUUAA